AUGUCGGUUACCUUCGUGGGCAACACCACGGCCAUUCAGGAGCUCUUCAAGCGUGUCAGUGAACAGUUCACGGCCAUGUUCCGCAGAAAAGCCUUCUUGCAUUGGUACACCGGCGAGGGCAUGGACGAGAUGGAGUUCACAGAAGCGGAGUCAAACAUGAACGACCUGGUGAGCGAAUACCAACAGUAUCAGGAGGCUGGCAUCGAAGAAGACGAGGAGGGUUUGGAAGACAUGCCGGAGGAGGGAGACGUGGAAGCGUAA